AUGAGAUCGCGCCGCGGCUCGCGGCGCGAUGCGAAUAAAGGCGGAGUGGUGCCGAUCCGCGCGCUCGACGCAGCACAGCCGUUCGAUUACGAGCAUCGACAGAAGCGGCAGCUGGAAGAGAAAGGCAGGCUGAACAUCGGCAUUUUGGGGUUCGGCAAUUUCGGGCAGUUCUUGGCGCGUCGCUUCGCGCGCCACGGGCACCGUCUGACAGCGUGGUCGCGGUCCGACUACUCGCAGGUCGCCAAGCAAAUGGGCGUGCGGUUCUUCACUGACAUGGACGAUUUCUGUGAAGAGCACCCAGACGUCGUCCUGCUGUGCACGUCCAUCAUCUCAAGCGACUCGCUGCUGCGCUCGCUGCCACUGCAGCGCCUCAAGCGCAACACGCUCUUUGUGGACGUGCUGUCCGUCAAGGUCUUCCCCAAGAUGCUGCUGCUGCAGGUGCUCCCCCCCGAGUUUGACAUCCUCUGCACGCACCCCAUGUUCGGGCCGGAGAGCGGCAAGGGCUCGUGGGAGGGGCUGUCGUUUGUGUUCGACCGCGUGCGCAUCACCCCAGGGGAGAGGGCGGAGAAGGCCGACCGUUUCCUGCAGAUCUUCCACGGGGAGGGGUGUCGCAUGGUGGAGAUGACGUGUGAGGAGCAUGAUAAGUAUGCAGCAGGCACGCAGUUCGUCACCCACACUGUGGGCAGAGUGUUGGGCAAGCUAGGCCUGGAAAGCACACCCAUAAACACCAAGGGAUACGAGACACUCCUCAACUUGGUGGAGAACACGGCAGGGGACAGCUUCGACCUUUACUACGGGCUUUUCAUGUACAACACCAACGCCACCGAGGAGCUGCAACGGCUGGAGAUGGCAUUUGAUGCAUUGAAGAAGCAGCUACUGGAUCAGCUGCACGACGUGCUGCGACUGCAGCUCUUCGGCAUGCCCCCUUCUGCCACCGCCCUCCCUUCCUCCUCCCCUCCCUCCUCCUCCUCUCGCUCCUCUCUCCCCUCCUCGCCCUCCUCACUCACCUCCCCAGUACCCCGCUCGCCCACGUCUGAACAAGCCCUUCCCACACGUCCCCGCCGGCCGUCAUUCCCUUCACCCGCCUCUGGCGAUGUGACACGAGGCACUGGUAACCGCAUUAGCAGUGGUAACAGCAGUGGCAGCAGCAGUAGUGGGUCUGAGUCAGAGGGUGAGGAAUGGAGGCCAAAGGGGUCGGCACAUAGCCAAGUGUUUGUGGAUCAGGAAGUGCCGGGUGGGGUUGUGAUUGAUGGUGCUUCUGCUGCGGUGUAUUCGUUUGGGGAGAGCACGGAGAGCAGUGAGAGUGAGGAGGAGAGUGGUGGCAAUGGCGAAGGGGAGGUGGCAUCGUCACAGGCACGGAGGAGAUGA